AGAUGGCGACAUGAGAGAUAACACGACAUUUGUUGGGCACGCCCACUGCUGCGCAUGAGCUUGGUCUCAUGACAGCGGCUAUAUGCUAACGUUAGUCAGCUGAUCGAUUCUCCAUCGUCCCAGUUUAUAAAACACAUGUUGUUCAACCAACGUUAGUUCAAAGAAAGACCUCCAUCGAGUUGUGAAGAUGUUGUCUCGUCUGCUGAAGGAGCACCAGGCGAAGCAGAGCGAGAGGAAGGAGCAGCAGGAGAGACGCAGGCGUGAAGCUAUUUCUGCAGCCACCUGUCUGACAGAAGCCCUGGUGGAUCACCUCAAUGUUGGAGUUGCCCAGGCGUACAUAAACCAGCGUAAGCUCGACCACGAGGUGAAGACUCUCCAAGUGCAGGCGAGCCAGUUCUCCAAACAGACUGCUCAGUGGAUCAGCAUGGUGGAGGGUUUCAAUCAGGCCCUAAAGGAAAUUGGGGAUGUGGAGAACUGGGCCCGCAGUAUUGAGAUGGACAUGAGGACCAUCGCCACAGCUCUGGAGUACGUACACAAGGGUCAACUUCAGUCUGCUUCCUCAUAGGCUUCACGGUGGGACGUUUACAGCUGAAACUAAACACACUGGAACGAAACAGGAAUCCAGUUGACUCCUCAAAGAUGCAAGCAGCGGUGACUUUGCUCGGCUGCCUGCCCCUCUGAGUGGACUAAUGCUGAUGGUUACGUUGUUCAGAGAAAUGUUGAAAGUCUGAAAUAGGUCUAACAUCUAUUUAGUAGUGACUUCAAUUAAACAUUUUGGCGAUCGGUUAUUGAAUACUUUGCCAGUAAAAGCAAGUAUAUGUCAUGAAGGUGUCGCAUGUAUAAACUUGUUAUAGGUUUAAGAGGCCACAGACAAAAUUGUCUUCUUUUCAGCACCUGAUACCUAAACUAUGUAUGUCUGUGUUUAUGUUUUAUAUGUCUAUGCACAGUGAUGACUUCACUGUUUUGGCAAACAAAUUAACUUUAGCUUUUGUAACCAUUUAGUGAUGUAACAUUAUUUUUAAUAAAGCUAAACAAUGCAUUAAA